UUUGCAGUUAUAUGGUUUCAAAAAUGUCCUCUAAAAUGGUGGGCUCAAACAACCUGGCACAUGCUAGGAGGAUGGUACAGCAACUUAGAGUCGAGGCCAGUAUUGAGAGGAUAAAGGUAUCCAAGGCCUCUGCUGACCUCAUGCGUUACUGUGGAGAAAACGCCAAAUACGACCCCCUGCUCAUGGGCAUUCCUGCCUCAGAAAACCCCUUCAAGGACAAAAAGCCCUGCAUUAUAUUGUAGUGUAACAAGCACUAAUCUUAUUUAAUUACUUCUACUCAACUUUGCCUUAAGUCCAACUCUAGCUCCUUAGUAUAACUUUGUGCCAUGUCUUAACUGUAUUUAGCUCUUACAGUAUUUAUUACUGUAAAUAAACUCCAAUCAGUACUAAUUAAUUGCCAUUUUGGUAAUGAUUAGCAUCGCAUCUCAUCUUUACCAGCAUCACUUGUCUACUGUUUGGUUGUUUGGGCCAAACUGAAGUCAUUCCGGGAAAUUAUCCAAUAAAUCAAGCUGUUUAGAAGUUUUAAAACAGUCUUAAGUUCCUUUUUCCACUGAAUGAUGCCUUAGUUACACUUUGUGCUUGAAAUAGGGACGUAGCACAUCACAUUAUGAAAUGUUUGCAAUUACAUUACCUGAUUAAAUCUCACUUAACGUUUUGUUUAGAUUUAAAGUGCCUUUUCCUUCUGAUUUAAAUAUAUCUUUCCUGUGUCAAGCACAUUUGUAAAACAAAGACCACUGUUGUUUGAUCUUUUCUAUGAAUUGAAUGGAUUUUUCCCAAAAAAUGGCAGUCGUGAGACAUUCAUGGUCCAAGCAUCCAUAUAUUGAUGCUGCAACGUCGGUUUUAUUUUGGAGACUUUAGAGAAGUUAUGCAGUAUUUGAGGUUCACAACCAAAUUCCUGUGACCUCAGUAUCUCUGUGAAGAAAGAAGUUUCCUUUUGUUCUUUCUGGUGUUUUUUUUUCUGUUCUAAUUUCUGUAUUUUCGCAAGCCUUCAUAACGUGUACUGUACCUUGAAAGAAAGAUUUUAUUAAAAUUGUGAAACAAUAAAACUA